CACUCAAAACUUUACCCAUUUUAUCUCUCUGCUCUCCCUGACACAGUAAAUCUAAUGCUGAUUUCUUUACCGCAUUUACUUACCACUUACCACUCUAUCCGCUUCUCAUUAAAUACUCCAUCCCAAUCUACCAAACCCUAACAGAAUCCUCAUCCUCUUCAACAAUGGAAGCUGUGGACCUUUCUUUGCAUGUGCUCGAUAACAGCGUCGCAGAGGAUCCUGUCCCAGUGGACUCUGUUUUGGGCUCCAAUUGUGAUGUAAUUGAGGCUAGCAAGGAUGGUGAUGAGGGGAAUGAGGGGCUGGUGGAUCCUGGUUGUAGCCCGGCCGGAAUUGCAAUGCAGGUUCCGGGAUCUCCGCGGCUGAGUCCGCUGCUUCAUUCGUGUGAUUCUGAUUCUGAUUUGUCGAGGAAGCGGAAGGCGGAUGAGGGGGAAAUGUGUGUGGGGAUUGAAUUUGAAUUGGAUCAGUUGGAGGGAAUUGCGGUUGAGAGAGAAAGUGAGGGGAUUGUUUCGGGUGGGGUUUCGGGUUGUGUUUCGAGUGGAAGGGUUUUGAGAUCGAGGAAAGUGGAAAUGUCUCCUGCAUUGACUCAGUCUAGGGAGAGGAGAACACAGGGGAGGAAGGGAAUUGAGGAUGGAUUGGUUUCGAGUAGUGGCAAGGUUUUGAGAUCAGGGAAAGUGGCGGUGUCCACGGUGGGUUUGAAGAGAGAUGAUGAAGAUGAGAGUGGUUUGAUUGAAUUUGGUGAUGAUCAAGAGGGGAGACAGACACCGGUGAAGGUGAAUAAUAGGCCCAAGGCAGGGAACGGUAAGGGGUCUGAUUCGUCGAGUAGCAAGGCGCACAAGCAGAAGUCUGUUGCGUUUUUUGUUGGGGAGCCUGUUCCGGAUGUGGAAGCAAGGGAGAAGUGGAAUUGGCGAUAUCAACUCAAGGAUCAAAGACGCAAGGGCCAAGGCUGGAUUUUAAACGCUAAUGAGGAGGACGAAAUAAUUUUGAAUGUGGAGUGCCACUACAGUCGAGCCAAAGUUGGUAGCUGUGUUUUUAAUAUUGGAGAUUGCGCUUUUAUAAAGGGUGACGGAAAGGAAAAGCAUGUUGGCAGGAUAUUAGAGUUCUUCAGGACAACAGAGAAUGAUGAUUAUUUUAGAGUUCAGUGGUUUUAUAAAGCUGGGGAUACUGUUAUGAAGGAUAUGGCUUCUUUCCAUGACAAAAAACGUUUAUUUUAUUCAACUUUAGAGAAUGACAAUCCAUUAGACUGCUUAAUUUCCAAAGUCAAUGUUAUAGAAAUAACAAGAGAGCCAGGUUUUCAAUUAAACGCUAACCAGUCAACGUGCUUCUAUUAUGACAUGGAGUACUGUAUUGAAUAUUCAACUUUCAGAAAUUUAUUGACCGAUAAUUCUGUCAUGAGACAUGCUAUAUCCUCACUAAAUAACACUGAUACUUUCCGUACAAACGCCAGUGCAAGUACGCCCUCCUUAGAGGAGGACCUAUCAAAUUGUAGAUCGCAAAAUCCCGACUUUGCACUACUAGAUCUCUAUGCUGGUUGUGGUGGAAUGUCGACUGGAUUGUGCCUUGGUGCUGAACUUUCUGGCAUUAAACUUGUUACAAAAUGGGCAGUUGAUUAUCAGAAAUCUGCAUGUGAUAGCUUGAUACUAAAUCACCCUGAAACACAAGUAAGGAAUAUGCCUGCUGAGGAUUUUCUGGGACUAUUGAAAGAAUGGGAAAAGCUAUGCAAUUUGUAUGCACUGGCCUUUGAUGACUCGGACACAAUAGAAUCCAAAAUCAGUACAGAUGGUCUAGAAGAUGUUGAGGUGCCUCGCGGAGAGUAUGAGGUCUCAUCUUUUGUUGAUAUUACGUAUGGUACUAUCAGUAAAUCAGGAAAGCAAGGACUUAAGUUCAAGGUGCGCUGGAAGGGCUAUGAUUCGGAUGAAGAUACUUGGGAGCCUAUUGAAGGAUUGAGUAAUUGUCAAGACCAUUUGAAGGAUUUCGUAAGAAGUGGAUCAAAAUCUAAAAUUCUGCCUGUUCCAGGUGACGUUGAUGUAAUCUGUGGCGGUCCUCCGUGCCAAGGAAUUAGUGGUUAUAACCGCUUCAGAAAUGUUGAUGCCCCACUAACUGAUGAAAGAAAUCAUCAAAUCGUUGUCUUUAUGGACAUUGUAAAAUUCUUGAAGCCUAAGUAUGUAUUGAUGGAAAAUGUAACUGACAUCUUAAAAUUUGAUAAAGGUUCUCUAGGAAGAUAUGCCCUAAGUCGCAUGGUUGAUAUGAAAUACCAAGCACGACUUGGAAUCAUGCCGGCCGGUUGUUAUGGUCUACCACAAUUUCGGUUGCGUGUGUUCUUAUGGGGUGCUCUUCCUAGUGAAAAACUUCCUCAAUUUCCACUUCCCACACAUGAUGUUGUGGUCAAAUUUUGGCCCCCUCCUGAAUUUGAGCAAAACACUGUUGCUUACAAUGAAGGCCAACCCCGUGACCUUGAAGAAGCUGCUAUUCUUCGUGAUGCCAUCUCCGAUCUUCCAGCUGUAACAAGUCAGGAAACACGGGAGGAGAUGUCAUAUGAAAUGCAUCCAGAAACAGAGUUUCAGAAGUAUAUAAGGUUAUCUAAAUAUGAGAUUACAGGCUAUAGGUCCAAUAUUCCAGAAUCAGAAACUCCAGUACUUUAUGACCAUCGGUCCUAUCAACUGAGCGAAGAUGAUUACUUGCGAAUUUGUUUAAUUCCGCGAAGAAAGGGAGCGAAUUUUAGGGACUUACCUGGUGUCGUAGUUGAUCAAGAUAAUAAGGUUUGCCGAGAUCCAACCAAAGAGCUGGAGAUGCUACCAUCUGGAAAGCCACUGGUACCAGAUUAUGUCUUCACUUUUGAAAAAGGAAAGUCAAAAAGGCCUUUCGCAAGGUUGUGGUGGGAUGAGACUGUUGGAACUGUAGUGACAUUUCCUUCAUGUCACAAUAUGGCAUCAUUACACCCAGAGCAGGAUCGAGUCCUUACUCUACGUGAAUUCGCCAGGUUGCAAGGUUUUCCUGAUUAUUACAGAUUCUGUGGUACUGUCAAAGAAAGGUACUGCCAGGUCGGGAAUGCUGUGGCUGUAACGGUAUCCCGAGCCCUCGGAUAUGCUCUUGGCAUGGCUUUCCAAAAGUCUGGUGAUGACGGGCCUCUCUUGAAAUUACCACCCAAAUUUCCUUACCUUGUACCUGAAAGAACUGAAAAGUUGGAAUCAGAACACUGAUAAUUAUCAGUUGAUGUAACAAUGUCAAAUAACUAACCUUGUAAUUUAGAGCUUCAUUCUUUACAAGGUAAACAUUGUUACCUACCUAGUACCUCAGAUUGUAAUUUGUAAUUUUGUCUUAGGUGUAGCAAAACCUUUUGUUGUGUCCUAAUAAGUAGCUAGACUAAUGUAUCUGUAGCAAUAUACAUUUUCUUUAUUUUGUAAAAAAAUUUAUUCUAAUUUAUUGAAUUGAUAGAAAAAGGAGUUCGUCUAUCAUA